AUCACACAACACAACAGUGUCUGUUUUGAAUGAGUUCACUUGGAUGGGAAAGCUUCACUGCGCUGACUUUUUUCGUUUGCUGUACAUGUGGCAUAUAUUACUAAAAGCUCUCCUGGAGAAAGAUAACAGUUGGAUUAUGAACACUAAAACUUCCCUGUUGGGUUAGUCACGCUAAAAUACCACAGAUUUGUAUCGAGUGAAGGCAAUUAGAAAUUGGUCCUAAAACAUGACGGAUCUGAGGAUAGUCUUUGCGAAAUCUUUGUUCGUUUUUUUAUGUUGUACUUUGAGCGAAGGUGAGUGACAACUGAAACAAAUCCGGAGGACGAAAGCGUAAACUUUCGUCUUACCUUAACAACGACAUCAUUUCUUUAGUCUCGUGUGUUGUUCUUUUGUGGUGUAUGCCUUUCAAACAAUACGUUCCAGUGACAUGUACACUAUUGUAGAAAUUGUAAAACAAGGCAACGUUGUUGGAUGGGAAUUUUUUACCGCGAUAUCUUAGAUUGCAAAUUUGGUUGUGUGCAUGUCUUCUAAUGACUGAAGUAAACUCUGUUAUCCGAUAGCGAAGAUUCUAGUUGCGUUACGUGACCCAGUAGCAUGGUAUCUCGUGGCAAAAGCAAUCUUUAAACUUUCUCUGGCUUUUCAACAGGAGAAUUUAUUAAGGACUAAACUGUAGUUUGCUCGUCGUGAAAGGCUUAAAAUUCAAAUUUGAACCUCCAGUUACCAUUCGUAUUUGUUUUUUUAGUAUUCUUCAUCUUUAGCAAUCCCUGAGCCAUCCUGACGCUUUUUCGUUUAUAACUUACCGAACCAGAGUUUCCAAAGAAAUUAUGAAGCUGGAGAAAAUGGAACCAAAUAUAGCGACAGAAUUUCUUUGUUAUUUGCGAAUAAUAAUAAUAAGCAUAACGAGCUGGAAUAAGUUGACAGCAAUUUUCGAAACCAGACAUCAUCAAAGCUUGUCAGUAUUCUGACGUACUCUAAAAUAUUCCAGGGUUUUUUUUAAGGAUCCUUUUGUUUGUUUAUAUUGAGCUCUUUUUGGCAAAGUAUGAAUAUAUAAAGUUUCUCAGUCACCCUCCACUGAGGCUUUUAAUGUUUUCAUGUUCUCUAAGGAAAUCUUCUAUUAUUAAUGACAUUUACUUGGAUUACUGUCUUUGUAGUUUCGUCUGAUGACUUGAAAGUCUUAACGAUUGGUUCCUAUUCACCAUUAAGCGGACCUUGCUGGGACGGUGGAUUUGCUGUUAAGUUGGUAAUGGAUUUAGCUCUGAAACAAAUCAAUAACCGAAAAGAUGUCUUACCUGGAUAUAGACUGGAGAUGGUAUUGAACGAUACAAAGGUCUGUCUGUGUUAAAUUACUGUGAAUUCCUGACCGAUUAAAAGCACUUUUAAAUCAAAUAUGCCAAUAAUUACAAUUAGUAUAUCACACAAAAGAAAAGUGCUUUUCGCCCGCGCUAUUCACCUUCACUUCGGUGAAUAAUUGUUAACUGUAGGAACCACCACAACCAAUCGGAGAAAAGCUUAAAGUGUGCGAAAGCGCGAACGUAGAGGUGGAGACUUGCUUUAAUUUCAUCCUAUUAGUCGUGAGAGUAGCGCAGCAUCUUUGAAGAAUACAGAAAAAAAAACCUUUUCAGGCCGGGUAACUUUGAUACACACUGAUUUCCAAAAUUGUUUCUGGUGUAUCUUAAGACCAAUAUCUUGUAUUUCAUGGAUUUUAUUUGACAAUUUCAGUGUGACCCUGGAGUGGGAAUGCAUAUGCUAUACGACCACAUCUACAAAGAGCCGAACAAAAUAAUGCUUCUCGGGGCAGCUUUCUCUCCAGUCUCUCAGCCGAUAGCCGAAACCGCUAAAUUUUGGAAUUUAGUACAGGUAAGAUUUGAGCAUAUCUUGAACUGUAAAUAAAUAAAUACAGUUUGAUUUUAAACACUAGCAAAAGCCGUCGCGGGAUACAUCAUACAUCAUAAAUGCAUAAACUCUUAUAACGCAACUCGCUAUCUGUUCCGUGAUAUUGUGAUAAGUGUGAGUAGCCCCACAAUGUGCAGUUCUAAAAACGAUACAAAACAAAACAAAAACAUGAGCUUAUCUUGUUGUUAAGUUAUGGACAACUUCUCUCUCGGUUCCUCUGCUUGAUAUAUAUAUAAUUAAUAAAGAAAUAAAAAACUCGCCGAGUGCAUUGUUAAGUUAUCUAAGCACUUGAGAAUUUUUAAGAACACGCGAGAAGUGUCGAGAAGCACGAGCCGAAGGCUUUGUUAUAUAAACACAAUAGCUUUUUACUGACAAAAAAUUUGACUUCAUUUUUAAAUAAAAGUAAAAUGUUCUACAAUCCCCGAAUAAAAAUCGUACCGCGUCGGCGUUAAGGCUCAAGAAGAAAAAAUGCGUUGAUUUACUACAAAAAACAAAAAUAGGUGUAAUUUUUAAGAUACAAAAUUCUUAGUUAUUGACUUUGUCCUUACCAACAGAAGAAAUCUUCAGGUAAAUAGCCAAAAGCGGCCUCUGGCAAAUCUUCCAGCUGUCAUUUUCGUUCUCGGCCACGAGAACUACCAUUACCAAAGCCAACAAAUACGUAACUUUCGGAUUUUCGUUUUGUAUUUUGGCUCUUCUCCAUCUAAGAAAGUUUGAACAUCACUGUCUGUAGGCGAUACGGAUUUUUCAGUGUUUUAGCACCCAUAAUCCGCGAAGAUUCCGACAAACAACCAUGGAUUGAGAAUGUUGAAGGCCUUGGUCGUUCAUUAAUCAACCUGACCGAUUGGUGCAAAAGGCGAGUGACGUGUUAGCAGCUGUCAGCAGCUGAUUGGCGAUAUCAAACACACAUGAAAAAAAAAUCUCUAUUUUUUUUUAAUAGAAGGCCUCUAAAAAAGUUCUGAUUUCCGUGGUUGGUUUUCAGGUGUCCUACGCGUCCACGUCUCCAGCUUUAAGCAACCGUGAACUUUACCCUCGAUUUUUCCGCACUAUUUCGUCAGACUUAGCGUUCAACCCAGCACGUGCCGCGCUCUUGUCCAAGUACGAUUGGAAAAGAGUCGCCACACUACAUCAGAACGAACCAUCGGGAAUAUUUUCACAGGUAUGGCUAUUACAUAUUGCGGCGCACGAUAUUUUAACUUGUGUGCAGACAAAGUAAGUGCUACAUUGCUAAACAAGAUUAUUCUUCUAUCAGCAUCAAAGGAACUGCUAGACUUGCAAUCAUUUAUGAUGAACAAAUGAAUAGAUGAAACAUGAUAUUUAAUGACUCAAUAUUUAAUGAUUAGGAAACCCUGAGUGAAGAAUAAAAUGCGGUUAUCUCCACUUCGAUAGAGAUUCAAAGGGUCACAGACAAACUGCCAGUUUGAUUUUUUCCUUUUAGCCCACAAAAGAACUGCAUAAGCUACUUGCUAAAAUGAAGGUUGAGGUUGUAGCAGGAGAAAGCUUCACAGGGAAACCAGCUCGCCAGUUAGCGAACAUCAUGGUAACACAGUUAUUAUUGCGGAGUAGUAAUCGUUGACCGUGAUUUGGCUGUAACUUUUGAGUUUUUUGGAAAUUUAAUUACAGUAACUUUUUACUUCUAGGAAAAAGGAGCGAGGAUCAUCAUCGGAAGUUUCUACGAGUCUGGUGCAAGACAAGUUUUCUGCGAGGUAAUUUUCUGACUUUUUAAGCUUAUAUAUUACGCUCGAUAAAACUGGCCUCAAAUCACAUUAGAGAUUGUUUGUAAAGAAAGUUUCAAUCUUUCAUUUUCGUGGUGAUGGUGUCAAAAGACCAGCUCAAAUGAACAAUUUCUCAGUUCGUAAUUUUCCUUCAGUGGUCUGAUCUGCACCAUCGGUUAAUUUUUAUAUAACUUAUACUGAAUUACCUGUAAUUAACUCAUCAUGAAGAUUUCAUUCGAGCUCGAUUUUUGUGACGCAAAAAUGCAACCGAAAAGUCAGUUUAACAACUAGCUGUUAUGAUAAAGCGAUUUGGAUAUCUAUAAUUUUGACGUAUUUCGUAACUUCCCAGUGCCCAUAUUUCGCUUAAGUUGUUAUCACAGAAAUUCAGUACUAAAUCCACUUCCCUUCUAGGCUUACAAAAAACAAAUGUUUGGCGAGCGAUUCGUAUGGAUAAUCAUCGGGUGGUACGAUGACAAUUGGUGGAAGAAACGACUGGAUGAGGAGAAUGUCGAUUGCUCUCCAAGUGAGAUGAGCCAGGCAGUGAAAGGAUAUCUUGCGACAGAUCAUAUGAAGCUCAAUGAAGAUGACAUAACUUCUCAGAACAAGACUAUAUCUGGCUGGGUGAGUAAUCUCUUAGCGAAAUAAAGAGGCCUUAAAUUUGAAAAUAAAAGGAAGUGAAAGUAGUUUAAAAACUAUCAUGAUAUCGAUCUGGAUGUCGCAUCAAUUCGGAUACCAAAUGUUUUAGUUGGACUAGAGUAGUAAUGGGGCUCAUUAAACUAAUCAUAGAGCACUAUUUUGUGCCAUGUGGGUAAAUGGACCGAUCAUAGGUCGCUAUUUAGAAAUUACCCACGUUUUGAAAUUUUUAGCGGCCAUAGAACAUCCGGCGGAAAUGAAUCCACACAUGGUUAGAGAAAAUAACGUCAUAGAGUUACAAAAAAGACCAGGGCUGCGAUCAGCCAAGUAGUAAUUUUACAAGUCAUUCCGUGUGAAAUCAAAGUGAGACCGUCUCAGUACUCUACAACAAAAACAAUCGCCAACUGAAGAAGUAGUAAUUAAAAUGUUAUGGUUUCGUCAAUAAUAUUUACUGAUACGUUUCAUUGAAAGAAAACCUGGUCACGAUUUCAGUUUGUUGGUCUUGUCCUGAGCCGCGACCAGAUCAACAAAAUUUUUACCACUUGUAAAGUUGGCUGAGCGCAGCCCUGGUCUUUUCUGUCAUUCUGUGACGUCAUUUCCGCUAACCUCAGAUGACAUCAUUUCUGCCGGAUGUUCAUAAAAUUUCGAAAUCUGGGUAAUUUUCAAGUAACGACAUAGGAUUGGUCCAUUUGCACUCUAUAAUCGGUUAGGACUCAUUGAGGCCCCUUUAAAUACUAACUAAGGUAAAAAUGAGCCACUUUCCUAUUUAGAUUAAGUUUUUAACGAAGACAGUACAGAAGUGGCGGAACUUUUCCUAUAUGUCAAACACGUUCGGUUCUUAUAAUUACCUCGUUUAUAAGGAUAUCACGUUUACGGUAUUGUUAUUAAAAACCUAUCUUCAUCACUUUGAAUUGAAAUGCUGGAUGUCAAUUUUGCUGCAUUUUUUCUUAGACUGCUCAACAAUAUGCAAAUAAAUUCAAGAACUUAACUAACAUAAGCGCAGUUCACGAGUCCUCUUUUGCAUAUGACGCAACCUGGGCGAUCGCUUUGGCCCUCAACAAAUCCAUACAGCGGCUUGCAGGUGGGUUUACCGUUUAUUCUUUAAGUUUCCAGUAGCCAACAACGUAAUAAACUUUGAUUCUUCCUUUGCACUUGGUAUCACAGACCGUGGGAAAUUUUUGGAAAAUUUCACUUACACAGACAAAGAAAUGGCAGACGUCGUUCAAGAAGCGCUUAAGAACACCAGCUUUUUGGGUGUUACGGUAAGGAAUUAACGAAAGGCAGUCAACAUUUCACAAACAUCGUGUCUUUUAAAUUAUCUAACUUUGCUGGAAAACGGAGGGGGGAAGAGGAGAAAAUUACCCUCCACUCCUUUACACAGUCCUCAAUGGUUUUUCCCCUAUGCUACAUAAAUUAAAAGGUAGAUUUGUCUUGCCUUAGGGUCCCGUGUCCUUCACGGAGAAUGGAGAAAGAAUUGGAUACAUCCAAAUCGAACAGCUACAAGGUAGGACGGGUACGAUUGGUAUCCUUUGUAACUAAGAGUAUACAUAGCUAUGCAAAUCUUAUUCAGAACGCUUUUGGUAAGCUUGAACACCUCAUCAAGUUUAAACAAUUUUAAGAGACACGGAAUUUUCUGUCUUUAAAAAAUCUUGAGGUCUCGGCUUUUUUAUUUUAGUGUGGAGUUGCAAUGUUAUACCUCAAUGAACCUUUGCCAUUAACAACGUCAUAAUAAAACGCCUUACAAGUUUCACUAACUUUUGAAAGAAGAAAAGAAUGUACAAAAAGAAACAUAAAACAUACACAAAAAAACAAAGCAAAAAGAAACAUCAGAACUACAGAAACAUCAUCAACAGCGACAACAACAACACAUCAAUAACAAAACAAAGUUAAAAGAAACAUUGAACGAACAAACAAAAACCAAAAGAAUUUUAGCAACCACUUACGAGAGGAAAUUUGUGUUAAGAUAAUUUGACCUUUCACGUUGUCAAUCAAAUCUUUAGAGGUCUGUAAUCAGAUCAUUUUAUUUUGAUUGUAAAUGAAGGUGGUGAAAGCAAACGAGUUGCUGUCUACGACCCCGCCACUGAUUCUGUCAUCAUGAAUAAGAAAGAACCUAUUAGGUGGCAAGGUUAGAUCUGAUAUUACUUUGUAUAGAUCAAUAAAAUUGGUUUUAGUGUUGGAGUUGGAAUAGGAAGCUUCAUAAAAUUUACCCUGGCCAAUAAUUUUAAUGAUUGCAUGUUUAUGGACAGUACUUCGUGUGUUCCAUGACCUUGGAGCUUGUUUUCUUUUUUUCUCGAAAAUGAUGAAAAUUAGUUACAAUGACCAGAUCAUCUACAAAUAUUUCUCAAACUUUUUGAGCUCAUUGUGUGAGCUUUUUAUCCCUACAUAACCUUACACUGUUAAGCUGAGAUCAUAGCAGAAGAAGACCAUAAUUAUGAUAUAGACCUCAAGAAGCAAUCCUCACACGGAUAAAUACUCCAUUCCUAAAAUUAUUGGUUUAUUAUUUCAUGGAGGCGGACCACCACGAGACCGUACUAUCACGAGCGAGAAGCUGAAAUUCAUUUCUAGAGCACUCUAUGGCUUCAUGGCAACUUUAGCUGUUCUUGGAAUUUUCCUUGGACUUGUGUUUCUCAUAAUAAACUUUUGGUAUCGAGAAAGAAGGUAGCUAUAGAUACGACAUUAUUUUAACGAAAUAUUUAGCUAACUGUUCUUUAAAGUAAAGGCAGUAUUUCCAUACCUACAAAUAUUAGGACUAGUUCACUUCAGAAAGCUCAGAGAAAUUUCCAGAGUAAUUUAUCAAUAUCCUGGACUUUGCAGGUUCUACAUAUCGGUAUCGGACGUCUGCAAGCGGUUGUCAGACAUCAAAAAAGGAUUGUUGCUCUAAAGAUUGUGCUUAUCGAUAUGACGGCCUCCACAGUCGAAAGAUUAGGAGAGAGCGUCAGGGAAAAUUCAUUCCUUUGUAUCAAUUUUGCAUAUACUAAUUGGGAAGCGUUUGACUUAGAAGAAAGACGGUAUCAUUAGAGAGCUCAUUUUCGAGAGAAUAGGACGUUAAUUAGUUAUAAGCAUUAAGGCAUGCGAAAAGAAUUUCAAAAGGAAAAAUUUGGCUUAUUUCUCUUUCUCCUACUGGACAUUGCUGUGAGUUAAUUUCCUGGCUAAUGGUAUUAUUUUACACCAACAGGAUAAUAAAGAUGUCUAGCCCUCGCCUCAACAACGUUAUCGUGGUGGGUUGCAUGAUGACUUAUUUCUCAGUGAUUCUAUUUGGAUUGGACGGCGGCUUGAUAUCUACUGAGGAAUACGGAAAAGUCUGCAUUGUAAGCGUUGAUAUAUCUGUUAAUUGCUAGGGUUGGAAGUUGAAACUAGUGAAAAAUUGGUUAAUGUAAAGUGUGUAUGCACUCAAGCCUACUCGGCCACACCUUCCAACUUCCAUGGCAUGAAGAGAUUAGGAGUAUAACUACUCUCCACGAAUUAGCGUGACAGUGUAUAAAAAGACCAUUCCCUAAACGGCAAAAAGAAAAUUGCAAUCGGCUGGUUUUCGCCGUUUAGUGAAAAUAUUUUAAUUUCUCUCUGUGGUGAAAAACUUUCCCCUAACUUCUUACUGGAUUUAUCCAAGGAUUGGCGUGUAAAGAAGUUGAAAUUAAGUAUUGCUCGCUUCGGUUAAGCUUAGCUAUUAUGACAAUAGAAUUCGAGUGAGCCUUUAAACUUCUGUAAAAGUCAAAUUUCCCCUUAAUUUUGCUGAUUACUGACUAAUUUCAUUUAUAUAUCAUCGUUAUUUUUGUGUUUACGUCAAGGCUCGGGCUUGGGUCAUGUCCAUUGGCUUCACUCUAGCAUUUGGUGCAAUGUUCGCUAAAACAUGGCGUGUCCAUGCCAUCUUUAAAAGUAUAACUCCCAAGAAGAAGGUAAGAUUCUGAUCUUCCGUGAACCAGUAGGGUCGCACUAGAAGUGUGGUGGGAAACAUUACUAAGUCCCUUUUACCAGCUUUCAACAACAAAGGUUGCUUUUCAGGCCCCCCCCCCUCCUUCCUUCCCAUUCCACAUUCCACUCUCUAAUUUUGAAUUUGCCACUCUGCCAACCUCGAACAAAUUGUUGACACUGUUUGCAUCGUUGUCCCCAUCGUUGCCUCAGUUUUUUAAUCGUGAUGAGAGUCGAACUUUAAUCUUUUUUUUCUCCCAGGUUAUUCGUGAUGAGCAUUUGUUCCUGAUAGUUGGAGCCAUUGUGUUGUUAGAUAUUCUUCUCUUGUCUUUGUGGAGUGGGAUCGAGCCAAUGCACACAGGCUAUCAGAGAUUUAUAGACGAGGUGUGGUAUUGUUCCUCCACAAUGCGGGGUAAUUGUAGCAGAAGUGAAGGUGCAAAUGAUUCUGAAAUUAUUUCCCUUUGUACUCUCUGAAUCUUUGUUUCCCUUAAUUUCUCCUAUAAACUGUCGGCAUUAGAGUUACUUUGGUAGAUCGGAUCGAGAGAAAAAAGCGAAAAGGAAAUGAAAAAGAGAAACAAAAGAAAAAAGAAAAGAAAUGAGAUCGUGUUAAACUAAAGGCAUAGUUUUCUUACUUAGAUGCGACUGGAGGACGAUACGGAAAUCAUUCCUAAGCUGGAGCAUUGUGAAUCGAAGAACCUUUCCUAUUGGCUGGGAGCUGUGUACGCUUUCAAAGGCCUCCUACUGGUCUUUGGAGUCUUUCUCGCGUGGGAAACACGCGCGGUUACAAUUCCAGCCUUGAACGACUCGCGUUAUAUUGGUAAGUUCUGCUUUGGCUGAUUUACCUACGGAAAUAUCGAAGUAAAAGCGUCUCGGAAAAUUUUUACUGAAAACAAGGAGAUUUUUACUGAUUGGAUUUGGUGCGGCAUCUAUGAUCAAACUCUAGGAUUUGGCAAUAGCACACAGUCGGAACCAUCCUCUGCGACCACCUCGUAAGCGGCCAUGUACCUCUCGUUAGUGACCACCUCUCGUAAGCGACCACUUUUAGAGAUGCUUGUUCAUAAUUUUAAACUCUCUUUAACCGUCCCGUAGGCGACCACUUAACAGACUCAUGAGCGGAAACUGAAAAUUGUUUCAACAAAUGUAGAUGUUGCUUAAAUGGAACUCCCGUAGUGUUUCCCGAAAUAUAAAACAAUCACCAUAGAUCGCAAUUUCUUUUUUACCUUCAACAAGCCGUUUAAAGUUGUUCCUAUAGAUUUCGAUAAGCGUUGGCGAAAGGGUCAGGUCACCAUUUUGCAGAAUUAGCCGAAAUAUGAACCCCAUGCUCUGACCUCUGAUAAGCGACCACCUUCCUUAAGUGACCACCAAGACUUGAUAUUUCGGGUGGUCGGGAGGUUCGACUGUAGCUGUAAAUCUAAAUUUGACAUCUUUUCUAUAGUUUGUUAAAAACGAGAUAUUACGCUCCAAUCAUGUAACUAUCUAAAUCUAAAUGACUUCAGAUUUUCCCAGUGUUGCUUAUCGAUAUUUAAACCAAUUCAUUUUCGUUAGCGAAAUAGAACAACGUCACGAGUGGACAAAAUGAAUGAAUAUAUAAAUGAAAAAAUUAAUAAAUACUGUAGUGUAACGCCAGCUAAUGUACUUGUUUUUCUUUACUUUUCAUUGAUCUCUUUUAGGGAUGUCUGUUUAUAAUGUUGUAAUACUCUCUAUUCUCGGAGUGGCUAUCACCUCCGUUAUUCGAGAUCAUCAAGAUGCAACGUUUGCCAUAACAGCCGUAUUUAUCAUUUUUUGCACAACUCUGACCCUCUGUUUUGUAUUUGUGCCAAAGGUACGUUUAAAACAACAGUUAUACAACACUGUAUAACUGUUAAACAUUUAACUCAGCUAUGUCCCUAAACUUAUGCUGUAGAUUGUACAUAUAACUGUAAGUAAAGGAUAGCCAUGCCGCAAUAACAUGGAAAACGGAAUACUAGAUUAAUUAAUGAUUAUCCUACUCGCGCUUGUUGGAUAUGAGAUGAUAGAUAUUCUGUAGUGCCAAAUUGGCUAUAAUCAUCUCAUAUCCAACAGGCGCGAGUGGAAUAAUUGUUUUUACUAAAAACGCCUCCAAAUAUAGGAUUUAAUGCCGCAGCUUUUAAUAAGCUGGCAACGAGAUAGAGAGGGGGAGAGAGAGGGAGGGGGAGAGAGAGAGAGGGGGGGUGGCGAAUAUUUUUUUGUUCCUCUUUCCCUUUCAUUAAUAGGGGAAGGGGGUGGCCGUUGUGAUUCUCUGAUCUAUCGUAGGCAAACACAUGAAUUUCCUGAAUGAUAUCGAUAGCUUUGAAUUAUUCAUUUAAGGUUAUACAGCUGUGUUCACCUGAUGGUGGAAACGAGGCUAGCAAUACACGCAAAAGCACUGCCAAUAAUCCAGAUUCUCUUUCAACCAUGGACAAGAAUGCAGUGAAUAUGACCACGGAAAACUCAAAGCUAAAGAAACAGUUGGCCGAGGUUAGCAUCAAAAUUUCAUUUCUACAUAGCAGGUAAUUUGGUGUUAACAACUGAGUUGAAAACGUAAAUUGGCCAUCGUAAAGAGUUAAAAGGCUGACGUUUCGAGCGUUAGCCCUUCUCCAGAGUGAUUGACGAAGGGCUAACACUCGAAAUGUCAACCUCUUAACUCUUUAUGGUGGCCAAUUUAUGUUUUCAACUCAGUUAUUAACACUAAAUUACCUGUUACACUCUCCCACCGACGCAACAUCACAGUUUCUUUAGAAACUUACACGCUUUAUUAAUUUCCGCAUAGCUUGUUCCAAAUGAUAUCAGUCUCUAAAUAGUAUUGAGAAGUUCUGAAGCGAAACGGCUAUAUCGACUACCACAAAUAAGCAUCAGAGGGGCUGGUUUUGACUGUUUAAUUUAUGAUCAAGCGUUGGUAAAUGGUCUUAAAUGUUCUUUAUGAUAUGAUAUGGUUAUUAUCAAAAUGAGUGCAUAUGCUAAUAACUCUCGAAAAAACCUUUAAAUUUGCAAGGGAAUAGGAACAAGGAUACUUCCAUAAUAACACUGUAACAGUUGAGGCAAACUGGUGGCAUUCUUAAAAUUCCAUGUGUUCGUUUUCAUUUCGUGGGGAUAAGCCCAAACCGAAACAGAUAAGGUCAACGUUUUCAGGAAAGUUUCCGUCGAGACACCUCCGUCAUAUAACAUACUUAAAAUAAAAACAUUUUGGUAACAGGUGUGAGUUUGGGGGCCGAAGUAGAGCAGCUGUAACAAGGCUAUAAAGUUUGUAGCAUCUGUUAUUGCUAAAGCGCUUUUCGUUAUCAUAACCUCAGUGCAACCCACCUGGAGAAAAAUUACGUGUGUGCAUAUGUUUGCAGAGGGAGAAUGGUAGCCCUGAACGCUCAAAUAGCUCGAGCAGCGGAGCAUGCGCACUCUUUUUGCUGCAGCGUUUACUGAAACAGUUUGAAUUUAUUUUUCUUCCUCUUUUAGCGGGAGCAACACUUAAUGGAUCUGAAAAGACUUUUAGAGACCGUAGCACCAGACUUAAUUGACGAUAAAGAGAAGAAAUUUAAGAAGAGGCAGUCAUUGGUGACAUUCAGAAAACCCGAACCGUCCUACACCAAUGAUAACUACGAGUCCGACGAGCGAAUUUCAAGUGACAAGGGCUCAGGAAAGAAGACGACAAACUCUUCUGAUAGUGGAGUGAAAAUUUAACAGAAAAUACGACCGAAGCGUUCAAGAGUUGGUCGAAAAGCUAGAAUACACCCAACCAAGAAAAACAUAGCUUGGUUUCCCCGAAUAGUUUCCAGCUUUUUAUAGAGAGGAUAGAGGUAAAAACGCACCGCAUACGCUCUGUUUUUUUUCAACAUCUGACAGAUGAUAUGUGAAUACAUUUAUGCCACAAGUUAUAAAACGAAGACGUAUGUUUUCCUUUA